AUGCCAUGGAGUGGGACUGAUGACUGGGACAAAGCCUUUGUGGUUUGUGCCGGUGUUGCGGUGAGUGCAGCAGUUCUUUGGGGACUCUGUCAUGCUGUUGUAGAGAGGAGGCUCAUUUGCAAAGCCAUUCUGGCUUUCAUCAAAGGCCUGUCAACCUGUAGAUCCAAGAAGAACCAGGCGGAAGUGAAGUAUUUGGAUGAACAAGUUGCACUAGAGAAGAAGAAUUUGGCUCAGAAGGUUUUCUUUGUGUUCCUUUGCCUCGCUGUGUACAAUCUGGCAACCAUUCUCUACAACGUGUUCAUGGAGAGACCUCGCUGGAUGUCCACAGGCGGUUGUUGGCUGCUUGCGAUCGGAACCAUUGUGCUAUUGCUGGCGCAUGUUCCUUCAAUGCUUUCAGUCCGCAGCGUGGAUUUUUGGUCAGCACUGCUACAACUCUUCGUGAUCGCCUUCACUUCUCCACUCGCGACUUCCGUGGAUGAAGCAUUCAUUUCUGCUGUGGGUCUUUUCAUGGUAGUGUGUCUUCCCGCAGCUGCCUGCACCACGCGCAGCUGUGUGCUUCUUUUCUCCCAGUUCUUAUUUGUCCUUGCCUCGAUAGCACGUGUCGUCAUCGAUGACGAAGAGUUUAAACUUGCAUCUCAGUGCAGUCAGUUGAACAAUCCCACCACCUACGUCGUGUGCCAUUUGUGUUUCGUGCCUUUGGCUUUCUGUGUCUCGCACUGGGCGCAUCAGUUGAUGAAGAACAGGAUUAUCGCCCGCUUCAGGGAAACCAAGAGCAACACCCAGCUGAGUGCUGCGACAGCUCUGCUGGAUCUGACCUGUGAUGCCGUUGUGGAGCUGAAUGGCGACUUGCGCCUGGUGUCGCACAGCAGCAAACUCGCGGCUGUCCUUCUGCGGAAUCGGCCAGGUGCCACGAUGGAAGGCACGAAAUUCACAGAUCUGGUGGCACCCACAGAUUUCGAACGUGUGACCGAGCUCUUGCGCCGGGACUCUGGUGGCCGCACCUACGCCACUGCGUUCCGCAUGCAUUUGGUGGACAGCUGUGCCAGCAAGUUUCAGACAGAGGUCUUUCAGGUGAAGUACACGACAGCUGGUGGCCAGAAACGCCACAUCAUUGGUUUGAGGGAUUGCACCGACCUGCAGCCUCUGGCUGUCGAGCAUGACACUUCUUCUGCUGAUCAGUCCAUGAUUCGCCGAUCAAACUCUGUCAGUCGCCAGCUAUCAGAGCUUUCAGAGGUUCAGGUGACAAACUCCGUCUCGGAGGAUUUCCUUCCAGCUAUGAGGCAGAGCUUGAGCCGAAGCUCUUUUUCCAGCAACAGAUCGUUGUUUGGCACCGAAAGAGUGGAAAGAUUAAGUGACAGAGUGGAUAGAGUGGAUAGAGUGGAUAGAGCUGAACGUCCUGAACAAUCUGAACAACGUGAAAGAUCUGUGAAGAUCAAGCACAAGGAUGCCUUCUUGGAAAUCGAUCCGGAGGAGGAGCUCGUGAAAUGUGCGUCAGCUCCUUUCUCCGACCUCGCCGGUCAAAAGCUGUCAGAGAUUUCUUUUUCCAACUUCGCUCUUCAAACCUGCCAGCGCCUUUGCAGGGAUGCCAAGGCCUUCAACUCAUCAUUCUCUACUCAAGGGACUGAAGUGAAAUUUCCUUUACCAGAUCAGAUUGCAACAUUUGAUAACAUGCCUUUGCUUACGGCUCCACGCUUAGUGGAAGCAACGGGCUUGAUGAAGGUCUGUUGUACAGAUCUCGGUUCCUUGCAUGUAGUCAUUUGCGUGAGGCAGAGGAGGAUCUCCUCGAAUGUGGCAAAUUCUCCCGAAAGCCCUCGCGGAAGUAGUAGGUCCGAAUGGCCAUGCUCCCUCUAUGCCCAGGGAUGUCAGCACCUUCGGUAA